AGACUGGUGGAGUGGUGGCGUGCUUUAUAUUGUCAACUGAGCGAAAGCUUUGUCGACGUAUAUGUUUUUAGUUGUGAGAGUUGGAAAUGAGAGAAGGGAAUAGUAAAUCUUUCGGUUUUGUGAGCAAGUGUGAGUGUAUUGAAUGUGGCACGCGAUUAUUAGGCAGUUUUUCGAGCACAGUUGGUGGGUCAAGACGCUUUGCAGUUGCAGAGAAAUGAUUCGCAAGGAAUGCGACAAUGGCGCAGUGGCUCCCCGUGACCGCCAGCCAAGUGGAAUUUGUGCUCAACAUCGUGAUCGGAUAAAACACCGUUUUCACGCUCUUCGGCAUUGCCAGCGAUCCAAUCGAACCAUUGUAGGACUGAAAAAUACAGAAACUGUUCAGGAGUGUGCGGAAUUCGCCAGGAAAAGGCAAGGCAUGGCCUUCAAUUUCGGACCUAAGGAUCGCAAUCGAACCAAUCUGUUUGAGGUGGUCCAAUCGCACGGGAACAAUACUGGAGGAAAACCUCCAAAGGGCACUGAUUCGAUCACUACCGAUCCGGAAGAGUUCUACAACUGUCAGGUUUUGGAGUGUCCAGAGUACCGAAAUUUAUCAAUGAUUGUAAACGAUACUCGGUUUGAUUACUACAGUUUGUAUACCAGGCCACCUCCUUCCACUAAUGCAACCUGCCUACCAUCGAUCGGAAUGUUUACCCUGGAUGACCGAAAAUUGAACUAUUCCCUAGCGUAUAACGAAUGUCACUCGAUGGGUGGCAGUCUGGCUCACAUUAUUAGUGAAGGAAGGACCAAUAUGAUAGCUAGAAUGUGUGCUGCUCAUGAAAGUAUUACGAAUAAUAGAUCUACGAAUGCUACUGACUCUGAAAUGUACUACGUUGGACUCAAUGAAACUGUGAAAGAUAUGUUUUCUACAUCCGCAAAUGAACCAUUGGAUUGUUUUCUUUAUCGAGCGUGGGCUCCGGGACAUCCAAGCAAAACACGUCAACCGAGUUGUGUAGCUAUAUCGGCCAACAGUUCGUGGACUGCUCAUAACUGCAAUCAACCUAAACGAUUCAUUUGCGAACUGCACACAUCUGGUCCACCCGAACAUGAAGUACGACUGAAAAGGAAAUGCUUCGUCAACCGUCCGAAUAAUCGAGUAGCACCAGGUAGGAAGUUAGUUUUAGUGGAUUAAAAAGUUCACUUUCUUUUAAGAUAAAGACAAAAAAUGCAUCG